UAUAUAUAUAUAUAUACACAUUUAUAUAUCGGAGAUGAACGAGGUGAGGCACGUUUUGACAGCCCUAAGAUCGCCCACGAAGAGCUCGACCUUGAGCAACGGCACUGUAGGCGUCGCGACAGCGACGUGGUACGACGUCCCGGCGCCGAUCAUCGUGCAUUGUCGCGAGUUCCACGAAGAGGGACGCGACGUCAUCGAAAAUGAGGAGAAUAAAAAGUUCUGCGAGAAAGAGACAGAAAUUAGAUCCAUUGAUAAGAAUAUGGAGGCUGGCUCCUUCGAGAGGGAUGCGAACGUCCUCGGAUCUUCGGAGAAGAAUACGACGACAGUUGGAAGACCCUUGUCGUUCAAUGAAGCGUUGUAUCAGAACGAGGAGGCAGUUAUGAAUGAUAUAAAUCGGAAUAGGAAGAGGCAUAGUGCCACGGUGGAACUGAAUGCCACCACAAUGGUAGAGACAGACGCCGACGGAGUGCCGACGAUCAGCUUCAGCUUUCUGCGCGUCGACGAGAAAUUUCACGAGGAUGGGGACGAGAUCGUCAUUCUGGAGAUCGACACGAGCGAUCAGGCCAAGGACUUGGCAGAGAAUCAACUGUACGACCUUCCUAAGAUCGCCGUCCCGAGUCGAGUCUCCUUGGAACAAUCCGACGAUAACGAAACGAAUGUCGAAUCCUCGUCGCCGACGAUUCUUUACGACGUGCCGAGGCCGGCCAAGGACACGCCCUUGAACAAGUCGCAAGAGGGAGAGGCGACGAUGACGCUAUCAAACGUUUCUCUUGACAAGAAGAAACAACAACGCGAUCAGACGAAACGUUCCACCAGGUCGCUCAAGUCCGGCCGAAGAAGCUACGGCGCGUCCGACAGCGAUGGCUACGACGCUGGGAUAGCGUCGAUGUCAGGAUCGUACUCUGAUCCCGAAUGCCCGAACGAGGAGGGCUCGGUGAGCGGCGGUUCCGAUCGCAGCAGGCGGAUGAAGCUGCAGAAGCGGCGAUUAGGCAAAGCCUGGGGCAGGAUGCGCAGCUGGCUGCGAGAAGAGAGGACCAAGAUCGGCGACAUCGUGAACAGGCACGCGAGGAUGCAGGCGGUCGGCGCUCUCAGUCCCGAGGUGCGAGGCGAUGCCACUUUCGCGCGGACGUCCAAGAACAAGCAGCGCGGCUUCUACGAUCUGACGCGGGCUCGUACCCAGGAGACCGGUUCGAUCGCCAGGGUGGAAGAAUUCGGGCUGUCGUCGGUAUCGGAGGAGGCAAAUGUCUCCGACGAUGUGGAAAGACCGACAUCGGCGUCGCCCGACUCGGAAAAAGCGAACGGUUCUCGAAUGUUGCGCGGUAAUUUGAAGAGGAAGACGGUGAGCUCGGACGACAUCUUGGAGAACAGCAGGACAAGAUUACAGCCGCCGGUGUCGUCAACGGUGUCGUUCAGCAUGGACAAGCUGUGCUCGGACGUGGAGAACGAUGAGACGAGAAUGUCAUCGACAACGCCGACGACGAUGGCACCGGCGGAAGUCGGCUGUGAGACGUCGAGGGAUCACGGUGGGAAAGGUGGCCUGAUUAAGAGGAGAAUGCUCGGGUCAAUCAGAGGGUUAAUGGCCUCCACUCAUCUGCUGCAGACCUACGAGAUCGAGGAGUUGUCGCACACUCAGCAUUGGCAUUACAAUCGAACGUGA